ACAUCCGGGUUAAGCCAUAGGUCUCGUUGGCCGCCAUGUUGCUCAAUGAAAUUAGCUUCCAACAUUGAACAUCCGCUAGCAAUAUUGACAUGUUAGCAUUGUGCCCUUUGUUAAGGCAUUUAUCAUAUUGUAAAAUGACUUAGGAAUGAUUAAACGACGCAAGACGCCCUGUAUGCUAUUGAGGUGGACAUUGUAACAGUGUCACGCAAUGCACCAUGGAAGCGGGUCACAGAACAUUCAACGGCAACUUCAACGAUCUAAGUCUGCCAGUGGAUCGGAAGUCGAGGAUCAGCAGCAAACGACCAUGGCGGCUUCACAACAACAACAACAACAACAAACUACACUUACCCACCCUCAGUCUCCCGUAACCACUUUUUCUACCACUGCCAGCCCAUCAGCACCUCAGUCUCCCAAUUAUCAGAUAAUCAUGAGUCGCAGCCCAGUCACCGGUCAGAACAUGAACAUCACUUUACAAAAUGUGGGACAGAUGGUGACUGGCAACCAACAGAUCACCCUAACCCCACUCCCCCUCCAAAACCCAGCAUCACCUGGCUUCCAGCACACUACACCACAAUGGAGGUUUGAGCAUACUCCUUCUUCCUACAUCCAGGUUACAUCCCCUUUGCCCCAAACCAUGCAGCCCCAAAGUCCCACCCAGCAUAGCCCAGUCCCACUGCAAGGUGUCACAAGACAAGGGGCCCCUGCACUUGGUGUGUGUGGACAGAGUCCAACACGAUUUGUUGAGGCUGGCAUGUUAGUGCGGCAAAUCGGUUUAGGCAGUCCAUCGGGAAGUGGGCAUUUUGUGUACCAGGAUGGGACAGGGCUGGCCCAGAUUGCACCUGGCACACCUAGCCAAAUACAGUUGUCUUCUCCAGGAGCACCUGGCUCUGUUCGGGAACGUCGUCUUUCUCAGCCUCACUCACAGACGGGAGGCACCAUUCACCACCUUGGACCUCAAAGUCCCGUGGCUACCGGUGCUGCUCUGCCCACUUUGGGCAGCCCGGGCCACAUUACCACUUCGAACCUACCUCCACAGAUCAGCAGCAUCAUACAAGGACAGCUUGCACGCCCUGUGAUAUUUGAGAAGCCGCCACAGGGUGUUGUUGCAGGAGUCGGAACGACAUCAUCGACCACAGCAUCUUUUAGUAUACCUUCCUCCAUUCCACCUUCCAGCCCUUCCUUCAACAGUCCAUCCCAAGGAAACACCAACAAUCCUCUUGCAUCCACCAACACUGCAGUAGGCACUGUUAAAAAACAAGUUCCCAGGAGGUUAGAAGAGAUUGCUGCUCCUACUCCAGAAAUCAGCCAACUACGGAAACAGUGCUUAGAGCACCAUAGCAAGAAGAUGGAUAGUUUAAAGGAGGUGUUCAAAGAAUAUCACAUUGAACUAUUCUUUCUGCAGCAUCUCCAAGGAAACAUGAUGGACUACUUGGCCUUUAAAAAGAAACCAUGUGUUCCAUUAUAUACCUAUUUAAGACAGAUUGACUUGGACCUUGAAGAUGAAGAUGAAGAAGAGGAACAGUCGGAGGUCAUUAACGAUGAGGUAAAAGUUGUCACAGGAAAGGACGGUCAAGCAGUGACACCUGUUGCCAUAGCGACACAGCUUCCACCCAAUGUUUCUGCAGCUUUCUCCACCCCGCAGCAGUUUCAGGGACAUCAAGGGCCAGCUUCUGGCACUCUUGCCAACCCAGGAGACAUGGAUGCCUUUAAGAGGCAGCAGGCUAUGGUGCAAGCAGGCGGGAUGCCGCCUACUCCGCAAGCAGUCCAGAUUGCCGGACAGAAGCAAAACCAACAACAAUAUGAUCCAUCCAAAGGACCGCCAGUGCAGAAUGCAGCAAGCCUACAUACUCCACCCCCUCAGCUGCCAGGCAGGUUGCCACAAGGUGCCCUCCCAAUGGCUGGCUUGCCAGUCACACUGCCGCAGCAGGCUCAGAUUGUGGAAAGUACAGUCCAACCUGGAAGUCAGCUCCAAGCGCAGGUGAAAGUCCAGACUGGUAGCACAAUCAUGGCUUCAGUCAAUUCCCACACACAACUCCAGGCACAGCUCCAGCAGCAGAUGCAACCAGGUCUUCAUAUCCAGUUGCCUCCCCAGCAGCAGCAAACCCAGACGGUGGUUCUUGGUCGUCCUGCUGCUGAGGCAACCCUACCAGUUCAAAGAAUUUUGACCAACUCGAUGCCAGUCACCUCCAUGUCUCCUGCUUCCCUCUCGACUUCUAACUCUGUUCCAACAUCACAACCGACAAGUCCUCUGCGCCCUCUUGGAUCCAAUACAAAUACAAGCACACAGUCCAAACUGACUGGUACUAAUGGAAUCUCUGGAAUCAAAAUGAGUGGCUUUGGUCAAAGUGCGACCAUGCAGUCAUCGCAGGAGACUUCUCAAGAUAAGCAAGUGGAACAAGCUAAAGUGGAAAAUCAAGUGCAUCAACGCAUCUCAGAGCUGAGAAAGGACGGACAGUGGUCAGCCAGUAGGCUCCCCAAACUUGCAGAAGCCUCUCGUCCAAAAUCCCAUUGGGACUACCUCCUGGAGGAGAUGCAAUGGAUGGCAGCUGAUUUUGCCCAGGAGAGGAGGUGGAAAGAGGCUGCAGCAAAGAAGCUUGUUCGAACUUGUGCCCGUUACCAUCAAGAGCAGAAGAAAAGUGAAGAGAGAUCAAAGAAGGACAAAGAGCUUCAUCUUCGCCACAUUGCCAGCACAAUUGCCAGAGAGGUGGAUUUUUUCUGGUCUAACAUCGAACAGGUUGUGGAAAUUAAACUUCACUUUGAAAUUAGUGAAAAAAGGAUUCGUGCACUUAGCUUGCAAAAAGCCUCAAUCAAAGGUCAUUCAGUAGGAGAGGGAGGUGGCAAUGAGGAGGUUCCCAUUCCAUCCAGAAAAAGAAAAUUAAGUUCAUCGUUAAGUGAUAAAACUGAUGAAGAGAGCACGAUAGCGGAACAGGAGGUUAUGGAGGGGGAAGCGGAUUACAAAGCUGAGUUGGCCGAACUUGCCAAAGAUGCUGAGUUGCCUCUGGAUGCUUUGAAGAAGCAAUAUGCUGGUGCCUAUGCUGAUGGCUUCAUGUGGCCUCACUCUAGUCCUCAAAGUGACCAAGAUGACGAAGAAGAGACUGAAGGAACUCCCUGUCAUGUGAGCAGUUCGCCUGAGGCAGUGCUGAUAGACUCUCUGCUCAUUGUGGACCAGUAUCUUGGUCCCGAUGCGGGCUCUUCUUGUAAUUCUGAUGGCCGAUCUGCUAGAGACAUAUCUGAAGUGGCUGCUACAACAGAGACCCUUCUGCCCAAGGGUCCUUUCAAGACCACUUCAUCAACCCGCUCUGCUGCACCCUUUCUACUGCAUGGCUCACUGAGGGAAUAUCAGCAAAUUGGUGUUGACUGGCUGGUAAAGUUACACAAAAAGCACCUCAAUGGUAUUCUUGCUGAUGAGACGGGACUUGGCAAGACUGUACAGACCAUUGCGUACAUGGCUCACCUAGCCGGUCAAGAGGGUGUCUGGGGACCUCACCUCAUUGUGGUUAGGACAUCUAAAUUGUUGAAUUGGGAGGUUGAGUUCAAGCGCUGGUGUCCUGGCCUUAAAAUUCUCCUCUAUUUGGGAACCAAGAAGGAGCGCAAAUUUCUGAGAACGAGGUGGAGGGAAACGAACAGCUUCCAUGUAUGUGUAACAUCAUACAAACUGUUGAUGAAGGACCACAACCACUUUGUGAAGCAAAAGUGGAGACACUUGAUUCUAGAUGAGGUGCAGCUCAUCAAAAAUAUGACUGAAAAACACUGGGAAACAAUCUUUGCUCUUAGAAGUGAACAGCGGAUCCUCCUCAUCAAUACUCCACUUCAAAAUACCCUCAAGGAGCUGUGGACUAUGAUCCACUUCCUCAUGCCAGGAAUCACCAGGCCCUACUCUGACUUUCCUGUUAAGGCAGGCACAGACCAGAAUCAGGACUACUGCCACAAACUUGUCAUUCGCCUGCACAGAAUGAUUCAGCCUUUCAUUUUGAGACGUUCCAAAAGGGAGGUGGAAAAGCAGUUGCCAAAGAAGUAUGAACACAUCCUGAAGUGCCGCCUUUCCAGUAGGCAGAAGAGCCUUUAUGAGGAUAUCCUCACUCAACCAGGUGCUCAAGAGGCAUUGAAGACUGGCCAUUUUGUCAGCGUGCUUCAGGUGUUGAUGCAGUUGCAGCGUGUGUGUAACCACCCUGACUUGGUUGCCCCUCGAGAGACAAGCAGCUCCUACUUCUGCUCUCCUCUGCGAUACAAUAGCCCAUCACUUGUACUGGGAGCACUGCAGAAUGCCUCAAGCAAGGAUACAAAUGUGUCCCUGUUUGAUUUGAUCAAUAAUGAGAAUCGACUGACUCGGUAUCAGACUGAAGAGGCAGUCCCCAAAUUAAAGAUCACUCAGCAGCUUAUAGAGGAGAUCUACAGCGGUCCAGAACCACCACCACGUCCCAAGCCAUGCCCAAUAAAACCCACAAGAUUGUUCCAACCGGUGCAGUAUGGGACAAAGCCAGAAGGUCGCCUUGUCACCUUCACAAGUGCAACAAGUCCAAGUCCUCCAACAAGCUCUUCUGCUACCACCAACUCGGUCUCCACCUCCAGCCAAUCAGCCCAGGCCAGGGGAAAGUCGCCUAUUACAACUGCAGCGAGUGCAGCAGCUUCUCAAGGGGGGGAUGCAGUGAAAAUUGCCCAGCUUGCCAACAUAGCUGGGAAUCCAAAUCGGAUCUCCCAGCCAGAGACUCCUGUCACUCUACAAUUUCAGGGCAACAAAUUCACUCUGUCCCCCAGCCAGCUUCGCCAGCUCACCACUGGACAGCCCUUGCAACUACAAGGAAACAUUCUGCAAAUUGUGUCAACUCCUGGGCAACAAAUCAUUAGGCCCCAAGGGUCAAUGAUAAUGCAAACCAUGGCACAAGCUGUCCCUAACGCCAAUGCCUCAGCUUCACCCAGCACACCUCAUCCUGCUCUGCCAACAGUCCAACAAGGUUUGACUACAAAUGCUACAGUAGGCCCUACCAAGCUCACUUCUGCUGCCCUGCAGGAGUCGUCAGAAGAGAAGAGUCUGCAAGCAAAGCGGCGUUUGAGCCUCCUUUUUGAAGCAAAUGAGCGACGCUGCAGCCGCAGAGUUUUGUAUGGUUCAGACUUAUUACAGGCGUGUACUGUGAGCUCAGAACCCGGUCACUCUGCUUUGACUGCCGGAGGAUGGAUGUGGGUGGGUAGAGAGAGCUGCAUCAGGGCCCAGAAAACCUUUGUGGCAACCACCUCUACACUACAGUCUACCCUGCUAUCUACUGAGGACCGCUUGCAAGCUACCAACAGCCUUGUGAAAAGGCUGGUAUGCGCGGUGCCUCCGGCUGUAGCCCCGCCUCCUAACUUGUAUGCAGCCAAUCCUCCGGUCCCCUACACCAUUGAACAAAAGUUACUCCAUCGUCAGCUGCAGGAAUCUUUUGCUCCCCAUACUGCUGAAAUGCACCACUUGGUGACUGGGAAUGACUGCUACUCCCUUGACCUUCAGCUCAUGCAGAUUGACUCAGGCAAACUAGAAGCUCUGGCCAUUCUGCUGCAGAAGCUUAGGUCAGACAAUCGGCGUGUCCUCAUCUUCACUCAGAUGGUGAAGAUGCUUGAUAUCCUGGAGGCAUUCCUUGAUUAUAGGCAACUCACCUACAUGCGGGUGGAUGAAAGCUACACUCCAGAUGAACGACAGGAGACUAUAAAGACCUUUAACAGGAACAGGCAGAUUUUCUGCAGCAUCCUGACAAAUCACUGCUGCGCUGCAGUUGGAACUGUAUUUGAUGCAGACGCCAUCAUCUUCUAUGACACAGACUUAAAUCCCAGCAUGGAUGCUCGCACCCAGGAAUGGUGUGACAAAAUCGGACGCUCCAAGGAUAUACACAUAUACAGACUGGAGAGUGGCAACUCAAUUGAAGAGAAACUAUUGAAGAAUGGAACCAAGGACUUGAUCAGAGAGGUGGCUGCACAGGGCAAUGACUACACUCUGGCUUUCCUCACACAACGGACAAUCCAGGAUUUGUUUGAGGUGGAGGCAGGCUCGGGAGAAAAAGUGGAGGAGUUUGUGGUCCUUCACCAGGAGCCUUCAGCCUCUGAGGCCAUAUCUCCAAAAGUGGCUAGGCCUUACAUCCAAGCUCUCCAUAGCAUCAAUUUGGAUGAUUCACCAGAAACAGAAGACGAGAAAAUGGAGCAGGAAGAAAUAAAGCGUCCUGAUAUGGAGUCAGAGAGCCUGGCUAAAGAUGAGCCUGGUGAGAUUGAGGAGCUCAAUGCAGUUAUGGAACAGCUUACACCAAUUGAAAGGUAUGCCCUACACUACCUGGAGUACCUCCACAUCAGCGAAGAUGAAACAAUGCUCAAGGAGCGACUGGAGUGCUCUAAGAGAGGCUGGGAACUGAAGCAGCUGCAGAAACUGAAAGAGGAGCAGCAAGAGCAGCAGAUGUUUGAGGGAGAUGAAGAGCUUUUUACCUACACCAGAGAGGAUGCGUACAACAUGGAGUACGUAUUUGAUGCUGAGGAUGGGCAUACAGAAAUCAUGCCAGUUUGGACACCACCCACACCACCACAAGAUGACAAUGACAUUUACAUAGACUCUGUAAUGUGUCUGAUGUAUGACACAAACCCCAUUCCUGAGUCCAAACUGCCUCCUAUCUACAUCCGCAAGGAGCACAAGAGACUCAAACUGGACCCCUCUGCAGCAGCCAGGAAGAAGAAAAAGGGCCAUGGGGAAACGGUAAUUCCUCCACGCUCCCUUUUCGAAAAGGCCAGCAUGCUCAAGGUUCGCCGAGAAGGAAAGGACCAGAAAAAGAACUUCUCCCUCAAGCAGCAGGCACCCUUUGCCAAACCUCUUCCCUCGCUGGUUAAACCCGCUAUGGAGGUUGGUCAGGACAACCCAGAGUGGCUCAUCAGUGAAGACUGGGCUCUGCUUCAGGCUGUAAAACAACUGCUGGAGCUGCCCCUGAAUCUGACAAUUGUAUCUCCUGCUCACACUCCCAAUUGGGAUCUGGUGAGUGAUGUGGUGAACUCUUGCAGCCGCAUCUACCGCUCUCCCAAGCAGUGUCGCAACCGCUAUGAGAAUGUCAUCAUUCCCAGAGAAGAGGGCAAGUUGAUGUAUGAAGCAAACACCAAGAAGAAAACAAAGAGCAUUUACAAGUCUAAGAAUAGCCGUCCUCUAAGGACCUGUCAGAUCUACACACAAGAUGACAAUGCCACUCAGAUUCAGCUAUACAACAGCCGCUUUGAGCUCAUGAAAAUUAUAGCCAGUAAGAGGAGCCCACCAAUCAAGCCACUGCUGGGCAUGAAUCCAUUCCAGAAGAAUCCCAAACAUGCCUCUGUGCUGGCAGAAAGUGGGAUAAGCUACGACAAGCCCCUACCUCCAAUCCAGGUGGCCUCUCAACGUGCUGAGAGGAUUGCCAAAGAGAAAAAGGCCUUGGCGGAGCAGCAAAAGGCUCAGCAGUUGGCACAGCAGCAGCAGGCUGGAGCUCCCCAGGCCCAAACUGCAGCUAACCAGUCUCAGACCCCUGCUGUUGCCCAAGCUCAGGCUCAGGUACCUCAGGCUGCUGCAGUGGCUGGAGCCACCACUGUUCCUAAUGCAGCUGUUCUGGCUGGAGCCAUCAAAAAUGCCACUGUGGGCACAACCAUCCAGGCUGCCUCUGUAGGGGGGAAUGUGAUUGUCAACACAGUUGCUGGAGUUCCUCCAAGUCCCUUCCAGGCCAACAAACGUCUGGCAUCUCCAGUUAUACCAGGCACCCUGUCUCCUGCUGGUCCGGCUGCUGGAGCACAGGUGGUCCAUGCUCAACAGCGAGCAGUUACAGCUGCUGCUGCUCCUGCUGAAGUGGUCGCCAUAGCUACAGGGCAGGGCGUUCGAGCCGUUACCCCAGUAACGGCAUCGGCGGUUGUUUCAACCACUCUGAACCCAGUCCAAGCCCAGACUCGCCCACUUGUCACUCAAGUCACGCAAGCUACAGGUAUGCAGCUGGCACAAGGCAAAACACUCACCCCAGCCCACCUACAGAUGCUUCGGCAGCAACAGCUGCAACAGCAGCAGCAACAGCAGCAGCAGCAGGCUGCUUCUCCUCAGAUCAAAGCUGUAAGCAAACCCCAGGAGUUGCUGAAGAUGCACAAACACAAGUUGCAGCUGCAGCAGCAGCAUCAGCAGGUAGCUGCAGCAGUGGCCGCAGCAGCAGCUCAGGGCCAACAGACGACAGGAGCCCAGCAGGCAGCCCAAGUGCAGCCAGCACAAGCGGCCCAAGCUAAUCCUCAGCUAGCAGCUGUGGCAGCGGCGAGACCUGGAACUGUCUUGACGGGGACCACAGUGGCCAGACUGACCCGAGUUCCCACCCAAGGCCAGAUUCAGGCACAGGCAGGACAAACUGCUCAGGUGACCCUCACCAAGCCUCCCGUAGUCUCUGGUGUCACCACACUGCCUGUCACUGUAGCUGGGAUUAGUGUUGCUAUUGGCCAGGCCCAGAAAGCAGGUGGUCCUGUGCUCACCCCGUCCUUCCCCCAGAUGCAAGUGCAACAGCUGCUUCAGAUGAAGAAGCAGCAGCAGCAAGCGGCCGUUCAGGCUGCAGCCCAGCAGAAGGCAGGACAAUCACAACAAGGACAGGCCACAGUGCAGCAGAAGAUUGGCACCCAGCAGGUUACAGUGCAGGCAGCCCAGGCCACCCAGCCGCAGCAGAAGGUCACCUACGCUACCGCAACCCAACUCCAAGCAGGGAUCAAGCCCCAGUUUUUCACCACGUCCAUUGCCCAGACGCAGAAGCCUACAGGAGCUCAACAAAUCCAGGUGGCAAAGCUCCCCCAAAUAGUGCAGCAACAGCCCACUGUGGCUAACAUUCAGCAAAUUGUGUCUUCGCCGCAGCAGAUCCAAACGCAGCCUCAGACAGUGACCCUGACCCAAACCGCCACAUCGGCUCCUGCUCAGGUGCAGAUGAUUCCGGCCGGGACCACGACGGUUCAGGUUGUCCAGCAGAAGAUCAUCCAGCAGCAGGUGGUGACUGCUGCCUCCUCUCCCCAGAUCCAGACGCCACCCCCCCACAGCCCAGCCCAGCAACUUGCAACUUCCGUGGCUGCCGAGUCCCCGGCACCGCAGCCUGUUCAGCCACAGCAGCCCAGCAAAGGUCAAGCUCGACAGGGAGGCAUAAGAACCAAAGCCCCCGCCAAGCCCAGUGGGGGGAGUAGUUAGGAUAGAGACACACUCGUUGGACUGAAUUAAAUUAAGUGUUUUCCUGCAGUACAAACGUGCACGUUAUUGUUUUUGUACAUUCUGAUUGUACUGUACUGUUCUUUUGGAUCCCAACGGCAACAACCGUCAACACAAACUCCUCUUUCCCUCUAAUC